AUGACUCUGCAGCUAGUGAAUUCCCAAUAUUAUAUUUGUCCUUCUCAAACUUUAGCCAAUUCAAGUACUAAGAGUGACAUCCAUGUCUUCGGCUAUGACCUCAACCUUAAAAACCUGAACUUGCUUUACAACUGCACGGUACCGAACUCGACGCUGGAGCAAAAUAGAAUUUCGAGUUUGUAUUGUAGCAAAUAUAGUGGCAGAUCAUUCUAUGGAAGUGAUGAUAUCUUGGAGAGCAGUAGUGGGCUAGACCGAACCCAAUGUAGCAUAAGGUUCAAAAUCCCCAUUCCAGCUGAGUCUUUUCGUCGACUAACGGGUAACAGACCAGAAUUGGAGCAAGUUCUAGGAGAAAAGUUUAACGUGUCGUACAAGUAUGAUCAAGGUCCUUCAAUUUGCGAUGGAUGCAUGGCUUCGAAAGGAAUAUGUGGAACCAACUUGACUGAUCCCAAUAGAGAGUUCUUGUGCCUUUGCCGUGACCAUCCUUAUUCUUUGGUUUGCAAAGGUCAUAAUCUGAAAGACAGGCGACGAAUUACUGUUAUCGGUAAGAUAAUCCCUUAACAUAUUUCUAAUUUGUUUCCUUGGUCACUAUUGGCAUCUUUCCACUUCAAUAUCUUGUUAACGAAACUAGCAUUCAGAAUGCUCAUCAGUUGAUCUGUGAAGCCUUCAAAUCAUGAUAAUGAGUGGGAUCAGUUUCUAACUUAAAAUUUCUUUAUUUAAUGUCCCCGUGUUGUUUAUCUCUACUUUGUCAGACAGGUUAGGCUAGAAAAAACAUGUUUAAAUAAGUAUCAUUUUGCAGUGCUUGUGCUUGGUCUACCAUUAAUUCUUUACCUUAGUUCUUAGUUUAUAUGUUGAAAGUUCACCUUUACCUCUAAAAUUAACAAUUUUAAUUAAAAUAUCAUUUUACUGCUUUUGCUGUUGUUUGUAUAUUGUGAUAACAUCACCUCCGCUAGU